AUGUCUCGAGCAGGUCUGCUGACAUGGACCCCGGUGGCUUCUGAUCUCCGAUUUGCCCGUGCCUACCACACAUGUACUCCGGUUCGGGGCAAGCUGUAUCUAUAUGGCGGCAUGAGAUCCGCUGACCAUAAAGAGCCUCCUCUUGAUGAUAUUGUGACCUUUGACCCAGAGCAGAAUGCAGUGGAGAGUGGCCCACCGGACGGUCUGUAUAGGCGAAGUCACCACGACGCUGUGGCAAUUGGCAACAAGUGGCUGUGUGUGGUCGGGGGAUGGGACGGCUCUCAGAGAUUAUCAUCAGUCCUUAGCUACGAUAUAGAGAGCGGAGAGUGGGCAUCGUGGGCAGAGGAGCCACACAGUCGCCCCCCGGCGGGGCUGAGCAGUCACACCUGCACCAAGAUAUCGGACCGUGAGCUCUGCGUGGUCGGCAGGGAGGGAGGACUGCGCACACAAAGGCGUUACGCCAGUGUAUACACGCUACAGGUCAAAACCGGCGCCAAGACCUACAGGUACAAAGAGGAGGAAUCUCGCGCAGCGUCCCGAUCGGGGCACUCAGCUGCCCUGCUCCAGUCUGACGGUCAACAUGGCAGCCGAGCUGGGUGGUCUCUCUACGUAUUUGGAGGGAGGGAAUCCGCUACCGUGGACGUGGUCGGGUACUGGAAGGCAGGGACAAUCCAGGACGACACUGCUACCUGUUCCAGUCUGUUGGAGAAGUUCUCCCAACUUGUGGCCUCGGAAAAAGCCAAACGUGAAGCUCCUAAGAGCCUGCGGCAUCAUUCCUGCUCCGUGAUUGGGCCGUUUCUAGUGGUUUUCGGUGGAGAAACUCUCAGCAGGAGCCGGGAUGCUGUCUGCAACGACCUCUACGUCUGUGACACGCGAUACAACCCAAUGAGCUGGUUUCGUUUCCCCGGAUCAGAUCCUGUCCACAAAAGAGUCGGCCACCGGACUUGCCUGCUCAAUGACCGCCUCUACCUCGUGGGUGGAUUUAGCGCUGAUGGAAAGACGCCAUGCCCGGAGAUCUAUGUACUGGACUUCUUAUAAUGGGCAAAGACUGAACAGGGGUUGGAAAGGAGGGCAGCUACACCUACAAAAUGCAUGUCACAAAGCAGAAAAUGGUUAUGAAGAACAUGAUAAAAGGUGCAAAACUAAGUGCAUCAGGUCUACGAACGUAGAGACACUGACUGAAUAGGAAGUCACAACACUAGGACUGCGCAAUCACCCGCUUCCAGCUGUGCCACCAGUCUGACCCAAUAAAACAUGGAUAUAUUAGUGA